CUUACUUUCUCUUGAGUACCCUUAUUCCCCUUCUCUCUACUGCCAUAUACCUUCUAAUCACAGCAUCAACUCUAUCAACUCCCAUAUCUCUCUCAUCAUCUGAAGAAGGUGAUAUUAUUACUUUUGUCCAAGCAACAUCAUCCGUUUUCACCCGAAACGCCUAAAAGAAAAAGCGAGAACAAAGGGGAUCACGAGCAACAAAACGCGCACUUGCGAAUCUGAGUCAACUUCGCCCAUACGGCCUCCCGCAUACCUACAUAUAGAGCAGAGUAGCCGCAACCAACUGCGCCUUGCUCUAUAUACUAUACCAAAAGUCUACCAUCCGCUCUUGAAAAAAAGGCAAAAUGCGACUAACACGCGCCAUUUCUCUCACCAACUUCAUGGUCGCCACCUCCGCGCUCGGCUUCCAAGUGUUUGUGCUGUACCCUUGGCACAAAGAACUAGACGCCGGCUUCGAAGACCUCAAGAAGGAACAUCUCAAGGUCCUCGAUGUAGUCGGAAAGAACAUCUCGGAACAGCAGCGAAAGACCUUUACCAGCAAGUUCAACGAGCUGAAGCAGGAAAGCGCUCGACGAUGGUGGUGGAUGUAAAAUAUAUCUGUCCUUGAAAUGGACACAGAGACCAGAUUCUCCAAAGGAAUCUUGCCAUCUGAUGGCGACGAGAAGAGCGAGCUCCCAGAGGCGUAUGAGAUACGUGAAGGAGCUCAUCGAUCUUACAGAUCUACACUGAUGAAACGAUUUUGACCCCGAGCGACAUUUUAUAGAUUUGUCAAGGCAUCACAUGCGUCUUGCUACAGCCAUUUUCUGCGCCCUUUCUAUUGAGUUAUGUUUUCGGUAUAGACUGAUGUAUAAUAGUUUUUCAGUUAUAGUGUUUAUACAAUUUUUUUUCUUUUUUUUUAGUA